AUGGGGCGCCCGCCCGCGUACAUUUUUGUGGUCAGGCAUGGUGCUCGUCUGGACGCCGCCGACAAAAAGUGGCAUCUCACUUCUCCAACUCCCUACGACCCUCCUCUGACCUACGGCGGCUGGCAACAAGCAAAGGCCCUCGGAAUCCGCAUCGCGAACAUCCUCCGACAGGCUGAAGCAGAUGGGAUCGCAGACCCAAAGCUCUCCAACGACCGCAACGGGUCCGCCGACUCCCAGAGAAAACGACGCAAGUUCAAGGUCGUCCUCCACAGCUCUCCGUUCCUGCGAUGUGUCCAGACAUCUGUCGCCAUCAGCGCUGGCCUGGCCCAGGCGCCUCCCGCCGGUACUCCCUCAUACCCGAUGCCCUCGCCCAGCGCAAACCCUUCCGCCUCCCCCUUCAUUCUCCCGACUUCCGUAUCCGAUGAAGUCUACCCGUCGCCCGCCGAUGCGAAUGACAACAAAUCUGGGUCUUCCAAGAAGAAAGUCAAGAAGGCCAUCCUCCGGCUGGAUGCGUUCCUUGGCGAGUGGCUGUCCCCGGAAUACUUUGAGAUGAUUACACCGCCGCCUGGCUCCGCCAUGAUGCUGGCUGGUGCAAAGGCAGAUCUUCUGCGGCGGGAGAAUAUCAACGCUCAUGAACAGGCUGUUGAGCAUUCCCAUCACCAUGCCCACUCUGUUGGUCAAGCCCAGAGUCAACUUUGGAACAGCCCCAAGUUUAGACCCGCCCCCGAGCGGUCCGGCUCGAUCGACUCGGACUCACCGUCCAUUCUUGGUCUCGAAAACGUCUCCUCCAUGGCCGGCGCCCUGCCGCGGAGCCGCGCGGCUAGCUCAGCUAGUUCCUCGAGCCAGCGCGUUCGCUUUGCACUGCCAGAUCCUGCCAACCCCAACGACGGAUAUGUCGCCCCGAGUCCCAACUAUGCUAUUUCACCAAGCUCCAAGAUCCCCGAUGGCUACGUGGCGCACGCGCGGGAUGCUUGCGUUUCUGUCGACUACCAGUGGGACUCGAUGAGAGAGCCUCUGGACUGGGGCGAUGGCGGCAAGUACGGCGAGGAGUGGACGGCCAUGCACCACCGCUUCAGGAAGGGCAUUCAGAGGCUGGUAGACUGGUACACCACGGCCGAGCGUCCCGCUGAGAUGGUCACCAAGACGGUGAGGCCGGCCCAGAACGGCGACACCGAGUGUGCUAUUGACGAUGAGGACGACGACGACAUUGAACCAGUGGUCAUUCUUGUUUCUCACGGUGCCGGAUGUAACGCUUUGAUCGGUGCCAUCACACACCAGCCGGUCCUCAUGGAUGUGGCGAUGGCUUCCUUGACAGUCGCCGCUCGAAAGCCCGGCCGCGACUCCGAGCCCUCGGGGCUGGAUACUCCAAUGUCAGAAGUAGACAUGGAUCCAAUGUCUGGCACGAAAGGCCUGGUUCCCGUCCACCACUACUAUGACUUGAAGAUGUUUGCGAAUACGGAUCAUCUGCGGCAACCUGCCUCCGCCACCCAUAACUUAUCCAGAGCCCCGUCCACGGCCUCGAACCACUCACAAAACGGUCAAUCGCACCCACGGGGCCGCGUUCCGACUGUGAACUCUUAUACGCCUAGCCCAAUCACUUUCAACCCUGACUCCUUUGCCUUUCCGGGCAGUCGAAGCAACUCGGCGAACGCGAGCCUGGGGAGCAUGCGCCGCACAACGCACAAUGCAUACUCUUUGCCUAGGACUCCGGCGCUGAACACGACUGGAAUCACGGUUGGAAGUGGCGCCACGAGCUUCACGAAGCCUUCACCGACACUCUCUGUUGGGCUAUGGUCGCCAAUCACGCCGCAGAAGGAGACGGACGAGGAGGAUGAAGAGGAUGACAUCUUCCCUGACUUUGACCACCGUAAGAAGCUGGCCGCUCUCUCUAAGCCUAGUCAGGAGGUUGUCAAGCCUCCUACGCCAGAGAAGAAGGAGCCGCAGUUCGGAGGCCCUGCAAAGGUUCCCCAUAGAUUACAGGAGAUCUCCCGACCUACCUCGAGCGACGGCACCGAUGAGGAAAACAAGAUUCCUCAGCUGGGCACGUUCGGGAACAGAGGUCUCUGGGGGCGCCGCGCCCUCUGGGAGAGACGGAGGUUAUGCGCGACAUGA